AUGGAUGAAAGUGAUCCCAUCAUGAGCAGCCCAUUCAAGAAGCAGAAGACUGCUGGCGGCUUCCGCCCUGCUGGUCGCCGGCCACAGACACAGACACAGACAAGCACCUCCGGGACGAUACCGACGCAGAUUCUUCCACGACCAGCGCAGCAGGCCGGUCUGACCUUUGCUAACCUUAUGGCCGACUUGACCUCCGACUCACAAUCCUCUUAUCGCACUCAACCGACCCAACCCCUUUCCAACGCCCAGAAGCGCUCUCACUCAUCUACUCCGACCGUCCAAGUGGCCCGCAGCUCUCCCGCUCCUGUCCCCGAGUCACCGCUGCCACAGCCCCAAUCUCGUCUUCAAAACGCACUCGGCUCUCGCUUUGCUCCUCCCGGAACCGCAUUCAGACGUCCUCCAGGCGUUCAACAGUCUCGCCCUGUGCCGCUCAUUAACAUUGACGACGAUGAUGACUUCGUUGAUCCUCCGGUCGACCGCAGUUCAGACACCGAGGGCCCCGCUACACAAUCCGCCAUAAUCCCUACUGCUUUUACAAAAGGUGGAAGAAACCUCGACUCCUCUCCCAACCGUAUUCAGGAGAGCCCCAAGUCUUCGGCUGAAAAAUUCAAGAACCUCACUUCCUCGUUUGCUUAUAAUGCCGGCGGACUAGAAAGUGCUUAUGGAGGCGUCUCGAGAAACAAGCCCCAGCAACGCCAACCGGCCCCUUCGCGCGCUCAGCCUGUACAAGACAUGUCGAUCAAUGACAUCUUCGAUGUCCACGAUCAGAGAAAGGUGGAGCGAAUGAUGACGGUUGUGCCUGGCCGAGCUAUCCGUGUGCUGUACAAGGCUUUGCAGCAAUGCCAUGGUAACUUUGACGAUGCUGUUGACGUGAUCUUCCGUCAGGAAGAGAACGGUGGGAAUAUGGACGUUGUCGACCUCACCAGCUCAGACAUUGAGAGCAAUGCUGCGAAACCCAGUGCCCAACCCAGACCGGCCGCUAAACAACAAGUCAAAGCACCGACACGGACCAUCGCCGACAAGUAUUCAACCAAGCCCAAGCCGACUACUACCACAGCCUCGGAGGCUGCAAAGCCUAGACGACGCUUGAUGCAAGGUCGCAAGAACCCUGUGUCACCCAUCGGCUCUCCUUCUCCAACUAAACCUGUCGAAGCGGUACCGAAGAAGCGUGCUGUCAUCAUCGACUCGGAUGAUUCUGACGCCGAUUCUGGCAAAGGGUCAUCAGAAGAAGACACGAGUGACUUCGAUGGUCGUCUACUCAAGUUCUUCAACACAUGCAGUGCUCAGGAUUUGGCCGACAUGUCCAAUGAGAAGCUGGAGAUCGCCCAGUUCAUCUUGUCCAAGAAGCCUUUCCGAAGUCUGAAUGCUAUUCGAAACAUUUCCGAUGCNUCCCCAUUGAAGUCAGGCAAGAAGUCCGCCAAGAAAGCCAUCGGAGAUAAGGUCCUGGAUGUAUGUGAAGAAAUGUAUAAAGGUUACGAAGCUGUUGAUGAGUUGGUUGAGAAAUGCGAUGAUCUCGGUAAACCUAUUGCCGAUACGAUGAAGCAAUGGGGUAUCGACUUCGCUGCCGCCACCAAGGACGGCGAACUGGCCCUCACCUCACUGGAAGAUACGCAGCAUGACUCCGGCAUGGGCACUCCCGCCAGCUCCACUGGCGUUGUUGACGACGAUGACGACGACAUAGUCAAGCCCAAAACGUCCAGACCCAACAAGCUCAAGAAAAACAUCUUCCUAAAGCAACCCACAAACAUGAGCACCGACCUUACCAUGAAGGAUUACCAGCUGUUCGGUCUGAACUGGCUCAACCUGCUCUGGUCUAAGAAGCUGAGCUGUAUCCUUGCUGACGAUAUGGGACUGGGCAAGACCUGCCAGGUCAUUGCUUUCCUCGCUCACCUCAAGCAGACUGAAGUGCCAGGUGUACAUCUCGUCGUGGUGCCUGGAUCCACCUUGGAGAACUGGAUCAGAGAAUUGAACAGAUUCUGUCCCGCUCUGAAUGUUGCUCCUUACUACGGCUCGCAAGCCGAAAGAGAGGAACAACGCUAUGAUUACGGAUCUCGUCUAGACGAGAUUGAUGUUAUUGUGACUACAUACGAGACGGCUGUUGGAAAGUACGAUACGGACUUNUUGCGCAAGACCGUACGCCCUGUAGUGUGCGUUUUCGACGAAGGUCACGCUCUUAAGAAUAGCCAGUCGAAGAGACACCAGCAGCUAAUGCGCAUCCCUGCCGAAUUUCGUCUUCUCUUGACCGGUACGCCACUGCAGAACAACCUGCAAGAACUUGCUUCGCUGCUUUCUUUCAUCCUUCCCAGUCUGUUCCAUUCUCGGAGAGAGGAUCUAGACAGCAUUUUCAAGUACAAGGCCACUACCAAGGAUGCCGAUCACGCAGCUCUGCUCUCUGCACAACGUAUUGCACGAGCUCGCUCCAUGAUGACUCCAUUCAUCCUCCGCCGAAAGAAGCAGCAGGUCUUGAAGCACAUGCCUGCCAAGCACCGUCGUGUCGAAUACUGCGAUAUGCUGCCAGAGCAACGCGAAGUGUAUAACGAGAUGGUCAAGCAGGCUGUGGAUGCUCGUACACAGCCCAAGAAGGGCGGCGCCAAAGCCGCCAAGACUGCUCAAGAGAUGACUGCUUUACGCUUUGCAGCUCUCCAUCCUCUCCUUCUGAGACGCAAGUACGGCGACAAGGAGCUUGAGAAGAUGGCAAAAGCUCUUCAGCGAUCAGAGGAGUAUGGUGACAACAAGCCGGAGCUCAUCUGGAGAAUGCUCACAGAGCAGACCAAGGGCGGUGACUUUGGCAUGCACCGCUUCUGUCUGGAGUAUGAUUUCCUGACUAAGUAUAUUCUGCGCAACAACGAGUGGAUGAACAGUGGAAAGGUCAACAAGCUCAAGGAACUACUCGAAGGCUAUAUUAAGAACGGUGAUCGUACCCUCAUCUUCUCUCAGUUUACGACGAUGAUGGACAUUUUGGAAGCAGUUCUCGAGACGCUUUCGAUCAAGUUCAUGCGCCUUGAUGGCAGUACUCCCAUGGCAACCCGCCAAGACAUCAUCGAUCAAUUCACAACAGAUACUUCGAUCCCUGUGUUCAUGCUUAGUACCAAGGCCGGUGGUGCGGGUAUCAACCUGGCAUGUGCUAACAAGGUUGUCAUCCUCGAUUCUGGAUUCAAUCCUCAAGACGACAUUCAAGCAGAGAACCGCGCCCAUCGUGUCGGUCAAACUCGCGAUGUCGAGGUCGUUCGCCUUGUUACCCGCGGCACAAUCGAAGAGCAAAUCCAUGCUCUUGGAGAGUCAAAGCUCGCACUCGACGAUCGCGUGGCCGGCGCCGCCGAAGACGCUGCCGCUGAGAAGAAACUCGAGGCCGACGCAGCACUUGCUGUCGAAGACAUGUUCUUCAAGCAUCUAGAAGAAGAAAAGAAGGAUGGGCACCCAAAGAUGGAAGACAAAGACGCCAUUGACGCCAUGGACAUCACGAGAGACGACACUGCCUUGGUGAAGAAUAAGAAUCUUCGCGACGAGUUCAGAAACGGGCUCAAGGACGCAGGACUCGACGUCAAAGAAGAGGAGGAUAUCAAGAAGGAGGCCGACGUCAAGGAAGAAGUCGAUGUGAAGGAGGAAUGA